UUCUUCAUUCCAAAAUGGCGACAUUUUACUAAACGUCUGCUUGCGUUUGUGUUGUGUAUUAAUUUUUGUUUUGAUAGAUGUGAGUUAUUUAAAUAAUUUAUUUGUGAUAUUGUCUUCGAUAUCUCUUACAAAAAUGCCAUCUUUAGAUGUUGCAAACCCUCCUACAGAAAGUCAACCUGAAAAUGCUACACCAACAUCCCAACCGGUUGUGGGCAUUAUUUAUCCUCCACCAGAGGUUAGGAAUAUCGUUGACAAGACUGCUAGUUUUGUCGCUAGAAACGGACCAGAGUUCGAAUCCCGUAUCAGGCAAAACGAAUUGGGAAAUCCUAAAUUCAAUUUCUUGAGUUUUGGUGACCCUUAUCAUGCCUACUACCAGCACAAGGUCAAGGAAUUCAGGGAGGGAAAAGGGCAAGAACCGGUGGCUCCUUCGGCUGUUGCUUUGCCGAAGGCACCGACGCUCACUGUUCAGUCCAAGCAGCAGGAAUUUCUGAGCAAAGUAUCGGAGCAGCCAUUUGUGCCCAAGGACCCCCCGGCUGAGUUCGAAUUCAUUGCCGAUCCUCCCUCCAUUUCAGCUCUUGACUUUAUGAUAAAAAUACUUUUUAAUGAAUUUUUCAUAUUCUAUAUUCAAUUACUGUAUUUUCAUAUUAUUUAUCCUCAGAUUCUCAUUCCACCCAAAGACAUAAUGUUCCGUUUGAAAGACGAAUGCAACAGUAUGUACUCGAUCUUAGAUCAGGUCAAAUAUCGAGCUGAUUGGUUGAAGUACGAAGAAGCACAAAAGCGGAUGGAAAAAUUGGCCAUCGAGAAAGAGAGAGUUGCAUACGCACAGAUCGACUGGCAUGAUUUUGUGGUGGUGGAAACCGUCGACUAUCUGACCGGUGAAGUAGGAAACUUCCCCCCUCCCACCACACCUGAAGAAGUCGGCGCAAGAGUUCUCAUGCAGGAAAGAAUAGAUGAAGGUGGUCCGGAGGAGAAUGAGAUGCAGAUAGGCAGUGAUGCAGAGGGUGAAGAGGGAGAGGACGAUGGAGUGGAGUUAGACAGCAGUGAUGAAGACGACGAAGAAGAUGAGAGAGAACACAUGCGCGCGUCCAAAGAGGAUGACAAGGAGAAAGAAGCCAAGGAUAACACGCAGGUACAAGACAUGGAAGAAGAAUCGUCAAGUGAAGAAGAUGACGACGAUGAAGACGAUAGAGUCAAGAUGGCGGAGGUGCCAGAUGCUCCACCUCCUCCCUCUAUCAGCGGUGACGUCAAAAAGGUGCCCUUCCCGGCGCAGCCCCCCCUGCCCCCCAUUCCAGACAAGGUCAUUGUAAAGAAGGGCUACGAUCCGAAACAAGCCGUGAACAAGCUAGCCAAGUCGCUAGGCAUGGAUGAGUUCUUGAUCUCGCCCAUCAACGGAGAGCGAAUCCCAGCCAGCAAGGUGCAAGAACACAUGCGCAUUGGACUGCUCGAUCCUCGCUGGGUCGAGCAGAGGGACAAACACAUCCAGGACAAGUUGAACCAGGAAACUGUCUAUGCACCAGGUUCUGCUAUUGAGGCAAGUUUGAAGCAGUUGGCUGAGAGACGUACUGAUAUUUUCGGAGUGGGAGAUGAGGAGACGGCCAUCGGUAAGAAGAUUGGAGAAGAGGACAAGAAGAAGGAAGAUAAGGUGACAUGGGACGGUCACACAUCGAGCGUGGAGGCAGCCACCCGUGCAGCCCGCGCUAACAUCACUCUCGAGGAGCAGAUCCACCAGAUCCACAAGGUCAAGGGACUGCUGCCCGAUGAGGAGAAGGAGAAGAUCGGACCGAAGCCAGUGGUGACGCCGGCCUCCGCACCGUCUAGCCUCCAGUCCACGCCGUUGCCGCCUCCCAAGCCACCCGUCGUGGCUCCCCCGCCGCAGCCACCUCUACCACUGGCGCCCCUGCCUCCGCCGCCCCCCGGUCUGCUGCCGCCCCAGCCGCCAAUGAUGAUGGUACCCGCCCCUUUGCCGCCUAUCAGGCCGCCUCCGAUGAUGGUUCCACCGCGACCUCCAUUCCCGGUUGUGCCGAAUCCGCCCAUGCCCCCGGGCAACUUCAUGCCAGCCAGUGCCCCCCUCCCUCCACAGCCACCGCAGCCCCCUCAACCACCUUCCAUGAGUCUAGGCCAGGCUCCAGAGCCGGAUAACGAUGAACCUCCAGCAAAGAAAAUGAGAACUGAAGAGUCGCUCAUGUCAGAGGAUGAGUUCCUCAUGAAAAAUAAGAGCCCAGUCUCGUUCAAGGUAUCUGUGCCUAAUAUGUCUGAUAAACCUGAAUGGAAGUUGAAUGGUCAAGUACUGAGCAUGGUGCUUCCUCUGCAAGACACGGUGUCAGUCAUCAAAGCCAAGAUACAUGAAUCGACCGGCAUGCCUCCCGGAAAACAGAAACUGCAUCUUGAUGGACUAUUCUUCAAAGACUCGAACAGCUUGGCUUACUACAACAUCACUCCUGGAACAGUCAUUCAGCUCCAGUUGAAGGAGAGAGGAGGUCGAAAGAAGUAAAACACUUGGCAAGUUUUUUUAUCAUGAAAACCAAGGAUAGACUUUAAUUUUCUGUUUUUCGUAUUGUAUAGUGUAUUACAAACUAUGUGAUUGAGUUGUAUCUCAUAAUUAAAUAAUAUAUUCAACUUGAAA